AUGCCAUUCAUUCCCCACACCCCCGAGUCUUUACUUCCACGAUCAGACUCCAAGAAUCCAGCAGCAACUUGCAGAGGUCUUACUUCGAACGGACGACCAUGCCGAAGAGCCAUAUCGAAGAGCGCUCAGUCGUCUCCGAACGUGAGUCCGAAUCGAUUAGCAAACCCCGAGGCAUAUUGCUGGCAGCAUCAAGAGCAAGCCUCUGCUCAUACUACACCCGUCCCAUCACCUCAACGCAAGCACGAUACAAUUCGGGAGCGAACAAGCGUCGACACAUUAGUUGAUAGGCUUGGAUUGUUGGAGGUUGAACAGAAGAAAAGGCGCGACAAACAAGAUAGGCCUCAAAACAGAAUACCCAGCGAGAAACAUCCCAAUAGUUCGAACUCGAACCCGUCCGACCAUUAUAAAUCAUCUCAGAGGAAACCUCGUCAGCCUAAGCAGAGAAGUGCUUUGUCAUUAUUGUGUUGCAUUGGCGAGGAGGACCAUGGCAGGGAAGCCCCACGACCAGUAAGGAAGCCUACGAAACAGACUUCGUCCUACCCACCAAAGGAACAAUCAAGGCCAUCGAGGCCAGCAAUUGUUCGAGAUCCGUCUUCAAGGACUGGUGAACUUUUGUCUCUUAUACCUCCAUCAGCAUCACCUCAGACUACCGCAUUAUUGUUAUCCGAAUUAGCGAAGCCAUUCUCCGAAUCCGACGAGGACGGUUUUAUAUAUAUGUUUUGGCUUACACCAGAAUUUCUCCCAGCAGAUGCUCCUUCACGAGCUGCUUCAACUCUGCUUGGGCCUCCUACAAGAUUACCUCCUGGACAGAGAAGGACCUCAGAUGUGCUGAAUACAUUUGCAGCUGCCACACCAGACACUUCAAGCAAUAAGACCAUGCUCCUGAAGAUUGGUAGAGCACAAAACGUUCAGAGGCGGUUAAACCAAUGGACUCGGCAAUGUGGAUACAAUGUAUCGUUGAUCAGAUAUUACCCUUAUCAUGCUACUUCCUUAAGCAAUGAUGAUACACCACCAAGAACGCCGAGAAAAGUACCAAAUGUAAACAAAGUGGAGAGGUUAAUACAUCUGGAGCUCGCUGGGCAAAAGGCAAGAGGAGAUGCUAAGUGCAGCACCUGUGGGAGAGAGCAUCGCGAAUGGUUCGAGGUAGAAGCGACGCGUAAAGGUGUUGCGGCUGUGGAUGAGGUGAUUAGGCGUUGGGUGGGAUGGGGGGAGAGAGAAGCUGCUAGAUGA